AUUUAUUGCCUCUCCUUUCCCUGCUUUCCUAUAAAUCACUUUAUCUUCUUUCUCCUCUGCCAUUCACAGACAGACCUCUACUUCAAUAUUUCCUUCCUUCUUCUCUCCACCCCACCACCUCUUCUUCUCUCUCAACCUCAUUUUCUUGUUUUUCUUUUCUUUUGUUACGUUCUUUUUUUCUCCUCUAAUCCUCGGAGAAUUUUUUAAAGAAGUACAUAUAGGACGUCCAAUUCAGCAAUCAUUCUGACAAGGGAUUUCAUGUUUGAGGUCAUUUUCAGAGUCUACAAUUUCUGAUCCUCAGCUAUACUCUUUGCGGGAUUACAUUUUUACAAUUGGAAUUGGUGAAGCAAUUGAAUUGGGAAGAAAACAAAAAACAAAAAAAAAAGAGCUGAGAUGGAUGCAUCGACGGUCAUGAUGGUUUUGUCACUUGCAGCUGCUUAUUUUGUAUGGUUCAGAUUCGUAGCGAGGUCCUGGCGGGGCCCACGAUUCUGGCCCAUCUUGGGCAGCCUGCCCGGAUUGAUUCAGAAUUCUCAGCGCAUGCACGACUGGAUCGCCGACAACCUCCGGUCAUGUGGCGGCACGUACCAGACUUGCAUCUUUGCAGUUCCAUUUUUAGCCCGGAAGCAAGGCCUCGUGACCGUAACGUGCGACCCCAGGAAUUUGGAGCAUAUUUUGAAGGUUAGGUUCGACAAUUACCCCAAGGGUCCCACCUGGCAAGCCGUGUUCCAUGAUCUACUCGGUGAGGGGAUCUUCAACUCCGAUGGCGACACGUGGCUGUUCCAGCGCAAGACUGCUGCACUGGAAUUCACCACCAGGACGCUCAGGCAAGCCAUGGCUAGGUGGGUGAGCCGGGCGAUCAAGCUGAGGUUUUGCCCGAUUCUUAAAGCGGCUCAAGUUGAGGGCAAGCCCGUUGACCUUCAGGACCUGCUCCUCCGGCUCACUUUUGAUAACAUAUGCGGCUUGGCUUUCGGGAAGGACCCACAGACUCUGUCUCCUGGGCUACCGGAGAACGGCUUCGCUACGGCUUUUGAUCGAGCCACAGAAGCCACUUUGCAAAGGUUUAUUUUGCCUGAGUUCAUCUGGAAGCUCAAGAAGUGGCUUCGGCUAGGAAUGGAAGUGAGUUUGACCCAUAGCUUGAAACACGUGGACGACUACAUGACCAACGUGAUCAACACGCGCAAGCUGGAAUUGCUGAGUCAGCAGAAUGGUGGGCCCCUGCACGACGAUUUACUAUCCAGGUUCAUGAAGAAAAAGGAAUCUUACACGGAUAAGUUCCUCCAACACGUGGCACUCAAUUUCAUCCUAGCUGGACGCGACACGUCAUCAGUGGCCCUGAGCUGGUUCUUCUGGCUGGUCGGCCAGAACCCUAGGGUGGAGGAGAAAAUCUUGGUUGAGCUCUGCACCGUUCUGAUAGGGACACGUGGCAGUGACACUUCAAAGUGGCUCGAAGAGCCCCUGGUGUUUGAAGAGGUUGAGCGGUUGACUUACCUUAAGGCAGCAUUGUCCGAGACUCUCAGGCUCUAUCCAUCCGUGCCCCAAGACUCCAAGCAUGUAAUUUCCGAUGACAUAUUGCCGGAUGGUACAUUUGUUCCGGCCGGCUCAAGCGUUACGUAUUCAAUAUACGCCGCCGGGCGACUGAAAUAUGUUUGGGGCGAAGACAGCCUUGAAUUUAGACCGGAAAGAUGGAUAUCAGAAGAUGGACAAAAGUUCGAACCCCAUGACCAAUUUAAAUUCGUCGCGUUUAAUGCUGGACCAAGGAUUUGUUUGGGUAAAGAUUUGGCAUACUUGCAAAUGAAAUCAAUAGCGGCGGCUGUGUUGUUGCGCCACCGGCUCACGGUGGCUCCCGGGCACAGGGUGGAGCAAAAGAUGUCAUUGACGUUGUUCAUGAAAAAUGGCCUCAAGGUCAAUGUGCAUGAAAGGGAUUUGAGUCCUAUAUUGGUCAAAGUUGGCAAGGCCGAUCACAGUGGGCUGAAUCUAGGUAAUGGAUUCUGUCAUGCAGAGGCUCCAAUGCUUAAUGGGGUUGAUUGUGGUGACGGAGCAUUUGUUAAUAUAUAAUUAAUAUUAGGGUAUGAUACGACGGUCCAAAGAUAAUUCUUUGUGACGGACGGCCACAAUCAAUCAAUUGAUGGUCAUUCGAUCACUUCAAAUAGGACCCACAUUUCAAUCUCAUGGUAAUCAAGACCGACCGACUUAGGGGUGCCUCUCACAACGGAUUAUUUAUCACAAGUGUCUCUCAGUCGUUUUUUUUUUUUUUUUUACAUUUUCCAGUUCAUAAAAGUCCUGGAAUCGAGAGUCAGUGACUCUAAUAUAUAUAUCCUUUACCUAAAGGGAGGUGAUUGUCUAACUCCUUUUUUUAUCCCUUCAUUU